AUAACGACCAACAGUCUGGUGCUGCUGAUUCUGACAGGACAAAUGUGGAGCACUUCUUCGGCUCCCGUCGACACCUUCAGCACAGAACAAGGAGGUCAACCUACAUUUGAUGAAUGAGAAAGGAUACCCUUCCCAAACACAACAAACAUCAAUGAAUCAACUGGCAAUCGUGCAACGGAAGAAUACGGACCGCGAGACUUCAGCUUAGUGAGAUCCUGCAGAGUCCUACCGUGCCAUGGCGCAGCCAAAUGUACGUCUUCAGCACGUGUGUCGGAUCGCACACAUCAAGCCAGAACCAUCGCGUGCUUCUCGCGGGUUCAAGUUUCAGCGGAGCGCAUGCGCACAUCUGUGUAAUCACACAUGGUGUAUGCAAGCCCUUGCAGAUUUUAGCAUGCGUGUGUGAAUGCAUGUGCACAUCUAUGUCCCCCGCUGCUGCUCUCCACCGCCACCCCCGAGUCCGCCAGCGGCGAAGACAAGAAGAGGGAGAGGACCACGCGCGGGGGCGGACAGGCGGAGGGUGCAGAGGGAAGGACGACGACGAGGAAGAGGGCGAGCAAGCGAAGGGGCCACCUCGGCAAUCUGUUCCUAUGCAGAUCGGCACGUCACGCCGAGGCGGUCCAUUGGGUAUGUCGACAAGGCACUGCUCAAGCUGAGGCCACUACUUACCAUACGACGAGGUACGAUAGCAAACUGCCACGCGUCGCGCCAUAACCUGUUGCAUAUAAAACACAGAGCGCAGUUCCUCAGAACAUAUGUAAGAAAGCCUCAGUGCAAGCACGUCUUGGGGAAUGUACAUGUGAGACGGUUGGCAAGUGAGAACAGCUGGUCGUGAGACGACAGACUCGUCUGGCCCCGACGCGAAAUCAUAGAGGAUGCAUCCACGGGUGGCAAGAAUGGCGCCCAGAGACGUCCAUCCCAGACUGCUCCGAUCGCUGCCAGUGCUGGCGGCUGUGGCUUGGCGCCAGGCCUCGACUCAGCCGAACAGGCCUCCCUUGGCGCCCUGGCUCGCAUGGUCGCCCUUUAGGACGAGGCUCGCCAAAUAGCUGGGCUCCUGGCCGAAGAAGAACUUGUCGCUGGGGCCGAUGAGCUGCGCGCUCUUGUCCAUCCGGGCCAGGUCGACGGCCACCGGGUUCUUGGACAGCAUGUUCGCCGCGUCCCGGUUGCCCUCGGCCACGAGGCGCGCGGCGUCCGCCGAGGCCCUCGCGCGAAUGACCUCCGCCUGCGCGACGCCGUCGGCCUCGAUCCUCGCCUUGUCCGCGGCCGCGGUCGCGUCGAGCCUCAUCGCCUUGGCGUUGCCCCUGGCGGCGGUCUCCGCCUGCAACGCCUGGGCACUCGCCACCGCUCCGCAGGCCAACGCCUUCGUGAGCGCAUUGUCGAUGGGGACUGCCGAGAGGAUGUUGAUGGACUGUAUCUCCACUCCGUAAGUCAUAGCUGUCAAAUUCGCAUGCUCCACCGCGUCGUGCAUCCGAUCCACGUCGUACAGCGGGUUGUCCAUGGUCUUGCGCGGCUUCUCCUCCGCCUCUGGUUCGUCUCCAGCAGGUGGCUGCAUCUUCUUACCUUGCACGCUCGCGGCCAUAUGGAAACUGUCGGAGUAGUUUACACCGCCAAUGAAACUUGCCAGAGACGCAAUGGCCUGCUUUAGCACGUCCUGGCGCAAUUUCUUGAUAUCAGAAGAUACUGCCGUGGUUCCCACUGCCAUCGUCUCGGCGCCCAUUGUAGCAGCCAAUGUCGGGUUCUUGAUGCACCAAGUGACUGUGGACGUCACCUGCAUGGUGAUAUUAUCAGCACUGGUCGCUUUGAUCUGCUCGAGAUCAUCUGUCUGCAUCUUCAGUGUCAAGAACUUUUCAAAGCGCCAAUUCUUAUGGUUCAGCAAAUGUGUGGCGCCACCUGGAAGAACGUGUUGCUUACCAUUGUUCUGUGUCACUGCUGCGUAGCCCUCGUCCACGGUAAUAAGAGUAUAUGGUCCAAGCUGGACCAUGUGUUGGUCCAAAGAGACAGCCUUGUCGUAGGACAGCGUCUCAGACGUCCAGACAUGUAUCCCUGGCGGCAAGAGAACGGGCUGGCCAUUGUCAAACGCUAAUCCCAAGAAGCCCUGCUCCACCGUCAAAAUGCAUCGAUUUCCGUGCACCAGCGCAGCGUUUAUAGGAAGCUUCUCGGUACCACGGUGCGACAUGAAGCAACCGCUGAUAUUGUGCAUGCCAGGCUGCGCAAAAAGAUAUUCCUGCUUCUGGUUCAUCAGAAGACCCACGUGCCCGGCUGGCACAAAGAAUUCAGUAUGACUCGAGCUGUAAAGGAAACACCCCAGAAUUGGGCACACGUAAUACCCGUAUACGCACUUCUGCAGGAUGUCGUUCGAUUUGGAGGAAUUCGCUGACAGGUCCACUCCAUCAAAUAUAUCCUCGAAGCACUGCUUCCGAUACUUCGUCGUGAGGAGGCCUGCCUGCUUGAGCGUCAUGCACCGAGGAGCAAUCGGCGGCACGACCAUAACGCGUCGGAGCUCCGACAGUGUAUGGCUGUGCCCCCUUCGCCCCUUCGGAUGUAGGACGGCGUGUCGUCCAGGUGGGCGAGCCCUGCGCCCCCGCCCGCGGCCAUCCCCAGCAUCAUCGGCGCCGCCUCGGGCUCCCCCGGCAGCGUCGCCUCGGGCACGCCCUCCAUCCUCGCCAUGGGCGGCAGUCCGCGGGGGCCUCGGACGGUUUCUGCUUAUGGCGUCGCUUCUUCUCCGAAGUAAAUGCCCACCGUCCGCUCGGACGAGCGCUCGUGUCAAAACAGCU